CCAUGGUGUGCUCUUUCCUCAGGAGAACCCUGCACUGUCUGUGGCCAUAAAGACCUGCAAGAACUGCACCUCAGACAGCGUCAGAGAAAAGUUUCUGCAGGAGGCCUUGACCAUGCGGCAGUUUGAUCACCCCCACAUUGUGAAGCUGAUUGGCGUGAUCACGGAGACCCCUGUGUGGAUCAUCAUGGAGCUGUGCACCUUGGGCGAGCUGCGCUCCUUCCUCCAGGUCAGGAAGUACAAUCUGGACCUGGCCUCCCUCAUCCUCUACUCCUACCAGCUCAGCGCCGCCCUGGCCUACCUGGAGAGCAAGCGCUUUGUACAUAGAGAUAUAGCUGCUAGAAAUGUCCUGGUAUCCAAUGUGGAUUGUGUGAAGCUGGGGGACUUUGGUCUGUCAAGAUACAUGGAGGACAGUUCUUAUUACAAAGCUUCUAAAGGGAAACUUCCAAUUAAAUGGAUGGCACCAGAGUCCAUAAACUUCAGACGUUUUACCUCAGCCAGUGACGUGUGGAUGUUUGGCGUCUGCAUGUGGGAGGUCCUCAUGUACGGGGUUAAGCCCUUCCAGGGGGUGAAGAACAAUGACGUCAUUGGCCGCAUUGAGAAUGGCGAGCGGCUGGCCAUGCCCCACAACUGCCCCCCUACCCUCUACAGCCUGAUGACCAAGUGCUGGGCCUACGACCCCAGCAAGAGGCCUCGCUUCACGGAGCUCAAGGCUCAGCUCUGCACCAUACUGGCCGAGGAGAAGGCCCAACAAGAGGAGCGCAACCGCAUGGAGAUGAGGCGGCAGGUCACAGUGUCCUGGGACUCCGGAGGCCCGGACGAGGCACCACCCAAACCCAGCAGGCCUGGUUACCCCAGCCCCCGCUCCAGUGAAGGGUUCUACCCCAGCCCCCAGCACCUGGGCCAGCACAACCACUACCCGAUCUCUGGUUACCCCGGUGCUCACGGAGUGCCACACAUGCACAGUGGGGCAUACCCCCCUCAGGCGUCUGGUCUGGACACGCACGACGGCUGGAACCAUCACAGACCCCCACAGGAGGUGCCCAUGUGGUCACCCAAAAUGGAGGAUGGGUGCACGUUGGACAUGCGUGGUCUAGGACAGGGCCUGCCUCAGCACCUGAUGGAGGAGCAGCUCAUGCUGCAGCAGCAUCAGAUGGAGGAAGACCAGCGCUGGCUGGAGCAGGAGGAGCGCUUCCUGAAGCCUGAAUCAAGGGGAAGCAUUGACAGAGAAGACUGCAGCCACCAGGGUCCAACAGGAAACCAGCACAUUUACCAGCCUGUAGGCAAACCAGAGCAUGCAGCACCACCCAAGAAGCCUCCGCGCCCAGGAGCCCCCAGUCACCUGGGCAGUUUGGCCAGUCUGAACCCAGUGGACAGCUACAAUGAGGGAGUGAAGCCCUGGAGGAUCCAGCCUCAGGAGAUCCACCCUCCCCCCACUGCCAAUGUGGACCGCUCCAACGACGCGGUGUAUGAGAACGUGACGGGGCUGGUCAAGGCCGUGAUCGAGAUGUCCAGUAAGAUCCAGCCGGCGCCUCCUGAGGAGUACGUGCCCAUGGUGAAGGAAGUGGGUUUGGCUCUGAGAACGCUACUGGCUACUGUUGAUGAGACCAUCCCCACUCUGCCAGCUAGCACACAUCGUGAGAUUGAGAUGGCCCAGAAGCUGCUUAACUCCGACCUGGCUGAGCUGAUCAACAAGAUGAAGCUGGCCCAGCAGUACGUCAUGACCAGCCUGCAGCAGGACUACAAGAAGCAGAUGCUGACCGCCGCUCACGCCCUGGCCGUGGACGCCAAGAACCUCCUGGACGUCAUCGACCAGGCCAGGCUCAAGAUGAUGAUGGGCCAGCCACGGCCCCACUAGAACUGACCCCGCUCACUGGAGGGUCCGGGGCGCAUGGGGGAUGGGCAGCCUGUUCUUGGUGGACUGAACUUGGCACCACCGAAGCAGGCGGGCGGACGGACACCCUCUCCCCCAGACUGCCUCACACCAGCAUGUAGGACUCCACAUUAGGACUCUUGA